UUUAUAAUGAAGAAGCUGGAUGAAGUAGACCCUAUGAUACAGUAUGCACUGACAAAAAUUAAUACGGAAAAGGACAAUGAUUCAAGUAGCAGCGGCGUAGAGUUUGUAGAAAUGACUGACUCUGCCCAAGGAAGCACGAUUUUAGGAGAAAGCACUAUACAGAACAUGCAUGAUUUAACAACCGAAAACACAUUUGAAACCAAUAACACAAGAGACUCUAGCGAGAUUUUUCACUUUUCUUCAAAGCUGUCUGUGUCCAAGGAAGCAUCAUCUGGGAAAAGAAAAGCAACUCUUGAAGAUGCACACGGAACAGGAAAGAAUGCCUGGGAAGGGCAUGCAAACGCAGAUGAAGAGAGAAGAAUAGUUGAGCUGAGCCAUGCUGUUUGCGAUGCCAUGGAUAGAAGCAUGCGCGAGGUAUACAUACUUCUAGAGCAAAGAGCUCAGUUAAUAAGCUCUGUGCUGGAAAGAGCUCGAUCUAGUGAGAAAACAUUAAUAGAAAACAGGCCGCAGCAAGGAAAAUAUGCGCACAUGUCGCAUGGAAGCAAGUGCAUGAAUAAGGAGAUUGACUUGAAAGCAAUAAAUGUAGAGGAUACUUCGCGGUAUCCUUUGGGAUCUUCUGAUCUAUCAUAUUCUGAUAAGACAAAUAGAAAUCUGCACGAAUUUGAUAGAUGCAUGAACGCUAGCAAAAUAAAUGAUGCGUACACUGGCAUUGGCAGCAGAACUAAAGAAAGCAUUUUUCAACAGAGAGAUAUGUCAGAAGAAUGCGAAACUGUACCCCAGUUAGCAAGAAAUGGAGUAUUUAAAAUCCCUAUGGAGAGUUUGCAGAAGCAGAGCGCAUUGGAAAAGCAUGAGCCCAUGCCAGAAAUCUUGCUGUCUGAAGAUGGUGACACACAGGCCACACAGGCCGAGGCAGACCCAGGCUCUCGCGAACUUACAUUUAAACAGAUACAGGCGUAUGUGUGUCUUAGAAAAGUUUUUCGUUUAUACGACUUUCGGCAGAAUCAGCUGCAGAUCAUUAGUGCAGUGCUUGAUGGCCGCGAUGUGUUUGUGCUAAUGCCCACGGGGGGAGGAAAGUCUCUGACAUUUCAGCUUCCUGCAAUAAUAUCCAGGGGAAUCACUGUUGUGGUAAGCCCCCUGUUAGCACUUAUUCAAGACCAGAUAAAGAAUCUUCUUGCAAAGGGAAUUCCUGCUGUCGCAAUUAAUUCUUCACUUACUAAAAGUGAGCGAGACAUUGCAUACCACAUGAUUUUAAUGGUUGGGCUAGAUAAAGACAAGCACGAACCCACAGAAAAGAGAAUGCCAGUUACUAAAAUCGUGUAUGCGACUCCUGAGCUGCUUGUGGAAAGCCAGACUUUCAACCGGGCAUUAGAAACUCUUUCGCAGCAAAAUAGGCUCACGCGGUUUGUGAUUGAUGAGGCACACUGCGUUUCGCAGUGGGGACAUGACUUUAGGCCGGACUACACACAGCUGUUUCGCCUGAAAGAGAGGUAUCCCAAUAUUCCCAUCACUGCACUUACUGCAACUGCAACUGCAGCAGUUAAAAAGGAUGUGACUGAUGCUCUGCGGCUAAAGAAUUGCAAGAUAUUUACCCAAAGCUUUAAUCGUCCAAAUCUGAAGUAUCGAGUCAUUCCAAAGACAAAAAACCAGAUAGCCGAGAUUGUAAGUUUUAUAGAAACGCACUAUCCUGAAGACUCUGGGAUUAUUUACUGUCUUUCUAAGCGAGACUGUGAGUGGCUCGCUGAAACUUUGCAAAAAGACCAUGGAAUUAGAGCUGGGUACUACCACGCGGGCCUAUCCACAAAGGAAAGAACUGAACGGGCUCGAGAGUGGGACUCCUCGCACAUUCGUGUGAUUGUUGCUACAAUUGCAUUUGGGAUGGGCAUUGAUAAAAAAGAUGUUCGAUAUGUUCUGCACUACUCCCUCCCAAAGUCAUUAGAGGGGUAUUAUCAGGAAACCGGGCGUGCUGGAAGGGACCAGCUGAACUCCGAGUGUGUUUUGUAUUAUACAUACAGCGACAAGAAAAAAAUAGACUAUAUGAUUGAUAGAAAUGAGAGCGCGUCAGCAGAAGCCAAAUCUCGGCAGCGAAGACAUCUACAAGAAGUUAUAUCGUACUGUGAGAAUAAAACAGAUUGUCGGAGACACCUUCUUCUACACUACUUUGGAGAAACAUUUAAUAAGUUCUGUGGUGAUGGAUGUGAUAACUGCCAAAGAGGUGGGUCUGUUCAACAAAUCAACUGUUUACAGGAAGCGCUGCAGAUUAUUAAGGUUGUGCAGAAAGAAAAGCUUAUUACUGAGGGGCAUCUUAUUACUGAAAUGCGGUCUUAUUCAAAAAAAACUAAGGAUCUGCUAUCCAGAACUAUCCGAUGGUUGGUAGGAAAGGGCCACCUAGAAACAAAACUAGUCAUGGGGGCCCGCGGGUUUUCCUGGAGCUAUAUAAAGCCUGGGCAAGGCACUCCAACAGAAGUCCUUAUUAGCAUGCAUACUGAAGAGAGCAAGCCUCGCGUACGUCCAAAAAUGCUUAAACAAAUGGCCAGUGCACACACAAAGUCUUGCUACCAAGCGCCAGAUGGAAUGGAUAAUAUAGAUGUGUAAUCUGUCUUUAUGAACACAGCCUUUCUAUGCCUAUUUUAUGUAUUUCGGGUUAUAAGCUCACAGGCAUAGGUACUGUUCUUUAAGAUACAUUUAAAUUAUAAGAAUAGUAGUUUUCUUGUGAACAAUUUUACUUAGGAAUAUACGGCAUUAUUGUUAUUCUGCGCAUACGGAUUUCAUAAUCGCCAUCCGGGGCGUUCUCCCCGCUAUGAUCCUAGAUGCGACGAAUAAAUCUUUUGUUAUCAAAGGAGUGGCGUUUAGUGAUGAUCAGGGGAUGCCAUUGGCGCUAAGUAUUGAUGAUUGAGGUUCAUGACGAGUGAUUAUCAAAAACAAGAAAUUAUAUAAAGACUUCGGAAAGUAAAUAAAUAUCCAGAUUUGGUUGUGGUAAAUAAUAGUUCACAUUUAAGAAGAGGAAAAGAAAACAAACUUCAUAUCAAAAUAACUUAAACUCUGGAUAAACACUUCUAUCUUCUUAAAGCUAUAUUGUAUACCUAA